AUGGGAGGCUCUAGAGUCCAAGAGUGGACACCGAAAAACAAGUAUUCGGUUGUUGAAUGGAAGAAGACACAUCAGACUCGGAGGGUAGUAGGGAAAUGGGGGGAGAGACCUAAGAUCAGAAGAUCAGUUCCACCUACGCCUGCAAAGUCCCCUGUAAAGCAAGCAUUUUAUGAUAUGCUGUACCAUGGGGGUGAUGACUGUUUUGAUGAUCUUGGAGCAACUCCAUUGCAGCUCCCAAAGUCACUGUUCUGCACUGAUCUUCAUUCAAGAGUCAAAAUGACUAUAUUCGACAAUGGGUGCCUAAGACUAGGACAUAUCUCAACAUACUUCUUGAGAGGGAGGUUCCAUCAAAUAGGUCCUGUAUCAUAUGUGGGACAGAUGGUGUCUAUAAAUGUCAUGGGUGCUUCAAUCAGCCAAUGGACAGGUUCCUUCUUUGAGGAAUCUUGCUUGGUCAAGACUGGAUUGGUGAUCUGGUUAGGGCACUAUGGAAAUCCUUGCCCAUGGGAUGAUGACCUAGGGGAGAUGGGCUUUUUUGCCGAUGGAGGGCCCGAAGAUACCCAUGACUCGGACACUGAUAGCGAAUGGGAUGAAGAACCAACUGAACCAAAGACAGCAUUCACAUUUGAUGCCCUACGUGACUUCUUGUUGGAUAACUUGGAAUGUGGGACAUCAGUGAUGAAUUAUUACAGCAAGCUGAGGAGGAUGACAACCAGUGUCUUUCCACAUCUUGUCCCAGACCGCUACCGAGAGCUCAUGAGGGUGGUGAGACAAUGGUGGAAGCUGAAUCUCAUGAGAUGGAAUGGCUUCGGCCAUCAGGACAAACAGGCCACACCCAGCAACUUGGCUCUGCUCUGUCCAGCAUGUCCCCAGCCGGGCAUCAAUGUCUCAUUGCCAACAGGAGAUGCCGCCAAGGGCAAUGAGUGUGACACAGAAACACCGAGUUGGCUGUAUUCAAGAUCUCUAGUCAUGGGUGGCAACUUCAAGGUGGAACAUCUCCAUUCUGCAAAUCCAUCAGAUGAAGUCUCCCUCAUGGAUGGCCAUGGAUAUGGUCGGCGAUUGCAUAUACAAGGAGCACUUAUCCCUUGCCAAGGAAGCGGUUCAACACUUGGAGUAUUGGAAGCCACAGGCAUCAGCAGGUGCACUUGCGCAAGGCAUGGCUGUUUUGUUCCGCAUGCAAUGGUGGAUUUUCAGGAGGGAGAAAGGCAGAUGAACAUGGACCACACAUUGUGUGAGGCCCCGAAACUGAACACCAAAGGAAUCCGCCACGCAUUGACAUUCUACGAUGUAAACUGUCAGUACCACAAGCAUCUGAAGGAACACAUCGCCGACAGUCCUAUCCUGCAACUCGACAAGGAGUUGGAUAUUAUCCCAGGAAUUGGACUUUGGCAUGUCCAUGGCCAUCAAGACAGCUGUUAUGUCAGAUAUGCUUCCAAUUUUAUACAGGGGGCAGCUCAAAUCAACGGCGAGAUCAUGGAGACCUUGUGGGCACAGUUAAACAUUAUCUCACCAUCGGCACGUGGAAUGGGUAGUCCACAUCGGAAAGAAUGUCUCGACUACCAAAUGAAUGACUGCAAUUUCAUGAAAAUGAUCAGGAUGAGCAAGUUCCUCUGCCGGAAAUACAAGCAAGCUAUCAAGGGGGCUGCUGAGAGCCAACUGGCUUUUGAGAAGCUUGACGAGACUGCUGAUGAUGAUAAAGUGAGAGAUUGGGAAGCCCAAGAGAGAAUGGCACAAGAAUGGCGCUGCCACGAUCCAACUGCAAUGGAUAUUUAUGAAGUCCAACUGCAGAAAGGUGGGUCGCUUUUUGUAUGGCAGGCCAGUAUUCAUGUAGUGAUAGCGCCGACGAGAAAGCAGCAGGAACUGCAGUUGUUAACGGCGCAAGGCUGGCAGGCAGGGCCAGCUCACCGGAGAGGUGUGGCGACAUGGCUUGCAGAAGGUCUUACUAUUGAGGAGGCCCAGGUCACACUUCAGAUGGAUAUCAGGAAGCUUGGACAUCGGCCAUCAGCUAUGCAGCAAUUGCAGAUUGGGCGCUGGCAGGACUCCUUACAGCGGGACAUAGAUUGCUGGGUGGAGGCCGGCGGCCUAUUCCUUGGCGAUGCAUUGGGCGACAAUGAGAUACAGAUCAUGGAACUGGAACUGGUGAUACUUCAAGAUGACUCGGAUGAUGAAAUGCAGGGGGAGCUCAGGGUGUUUGAGCCAGAGAAGGUUGUCAUUCCAUUGCCUUCAAAUUUGGGACUGGAGAGAUGUAUUUCACUUGGCGUCGCCGAUUUGGUGGAGCAGGAACUGACCCUCCGGGAAGGCCAGGCCAAUGAUGCCCUGCACAAUAUCAGAGUGCAUUUGGCAGACAAGGCGCUUAUUUUCCAGAAGACUGUCCGCUUUGUGAAGUCGCAGGCAAAGUCCACCAGAGCAUGGGCUCAAGUUCAUUCAGUGGACAGGGUGGUCAGCAUCAACGCUAGUGUUUAUUCAAAGUGCCAGUCUCAACUUUGCAGACUCACCGCUAAUGAUGCUUUGCUUGAGAGAUACCAGCCUUUGCUGAAGGAGCAUCUCAAGGUUAGUACCACCGUCGCUGAUCCCAAUUCUCGGGGGCAGAGGAACAAUAUGUUAGCUUGGUUUUGGUCCAUGGAUGUACAAGGGGACUCUGAUGGCAGUUCCUGGUUGAAUGUAUUUUACUGUGUGCAUUGGCUCCACACCAAGGCUUUGAGAGAUCAUUGGGCAGAAGAAUUGCUGCUAGUGCAGCAUGAAAUGGAUUGGACAUGCACCUGUUUUAGUCAGAAGGCAGAGGAAUGGAUUGGUCUCCAAACUAUCUCCAAGGAGGAAGAGAAGGAAGGACAUGUAGCCUAUGUGCUGCCCGGGGACAUAGAACGGCACACUUACAAGUUGCGCGAAAUGAUCAAACAUCAUAUCCCUGAGAUCGCGAGUGCUUGGAAGCAAUCCCGUGACAUCGCCAGAAGGAAAGUCCUGAAAGGCAGUAUUCCACCAAUCACACUUGUGUCACUGUCGCAGAGCACACUGAGGAAGAUUUUCAGAUUCCAGGCCAGCGGCGGGCGAACACAAGACUUUUCACAUAAGGCCACCCAAGUUGAGGUACUCACCUAUAACAUUGCGAAACCUCGCCGAUCUAAUAAGCUCUUUGUUCAGAGAGGUCCAGGUGACCAGAAGUCUAGAGCCCGCUUAUUCCAAUAUGUUAGCAAUGUCAGAGAGAUCAAAGGCAAGAUUCUGUGUUUGACGCCAUGGUACAAUGAGGGAAAGGCUUUCUGA